AAUGUGAUUUAUCAUUAAUGAUUUCUCUCUCUUCUCACCCCACUGAGACCCCAGAUUCAAUAAAGCCAUAAAGUCUCAACCUUUCUCUCUCUCUAGGACUGGAGGCAAGGUCAAGAAAGAAAAGGAGGUUAAUUCUUCUGAAGUAAGGUUGAAAUGCUCUCAAUUUGAGGCUGCUACUACCUCCAUGUUCCAGAUUAUGAAUGCUACUAGCAAAUUCCCUAGCUGCCAUUUCUGCUUCAACAAAUGCUACUUCACCUGCUGUUUCACCUCUGAAUUCUGACACUAGCACCUGAAUUCUGAGCCCUCCCUUGCUUCUUUUCAGGAAAAUAUGAAGGCCAACAAAGUUUACACCCACUCUAAUUGUCAAUAUCCAAUUCCUUUAAGCAAGCUACCCUCCAUGAACUUCUAUUCUACUUCAGCGGCUUAUUUCCUUUUUGUCAUGAUUAUUCAUUUUACUGUGGCUUCUUCUGACCUAAGUUCAGAUAAGCAAGCUCUUCUUGAUUUCGCUAAUGCUGUGCCUCACGGUCGGAACCUUAUGUGGAAUCCGUCCACCUCUGUCUGUACAUCUUGGGUAGGCAUCACUUGCAAUCAAGAUGGAACUCGUGUUAUUUAUGUCCGGCUCCCUGGAGUUGGACUAAUUGGCUCUAUCCCAUCUAACACACUUGGCAAGCUUGAUGCGGUGAAAAUUAUUAGCCUUCGCUCCAAUCUACUCAGUGGUAAUUUGCCUGCUGACAUUGCUUCUCUUCCUUCUCUCCAGUAUCUCUACCUUCAAAAUAAUGACCUUUCUGGUGAUAUACCUGCCUCAUUGUCACCCCAACUAAUUGUACUUGAUUUGUCAUAUAAUUCCUUCACCGGUGGCAUUCCAAAGACCCUACAAAAUUUGACAGAAUUAAAUAGUUUGAAUCUCCAGAACAACUCCCUAUCUGGACAGAUACCAAAUCUCAAUGUUACCAACCUCAGGCAUUUGAAUUUAGGCUACAACAAAUUGAAUGGCUCUAUUCCUAAAGCUCUUCAGAAUUUUGCUAGUUCGUCAUUUGAAGGAAACUCUCAUUUAUGCGGUCUGCCUCUAAAGCCAUGCUCUGUGAUUCCCCUGACACCUCCUGCUCCAUCACCAGCUCCUGGAAGACCAAGCUCCAAAAAUAAAUUGAGUAAAGUAGCUAUCAUUGCAAUUGCUGUUGGAGGAGGUGUGCUGCUAUUUUUUGUAGUUCUUGUGAUUGUUCUUUGCUGUUUAAAGAAGGACGUUGACAGGGGUUCUGACGAAAUUAAAGCCAAAGGUCCUAGCGGUGGCAGGGGUGAGAAGCCAAAAGAAGAGUUUGGGAGCGGGGUGCAAGAACCUGAGAAGAACAAGUUGGUUUUCUUCGAGGGCAGUUCUUAUAAUUUUGAUCUUGAGGAUUUGCUGAGAGCUUCAGCCGAAGUUCUUGGAAAGGGUAGCUAUGGCACUGCAUAUAAGGCUAUAUUGGAGGAGUCAAUGACAGUUGUGGUGAAAAGGUUGAAAGAAGUUGUGGUAGGCAAGAAGGACUUUGAACAGCAGAUGGAGAUUACGGGAAGGGUUGGACAGCACGCAAAUGUUGUGCCGCUUCGUGCUUACUAUUAUUCAAAAGAUGAAAAGCUUUUGGUUUAUGACUAUGUCCCAGCUGGAAACCUAUCGUCUCUCUUGCAUGGCAGCCGGACAGGUGGAAGAACACCGUUAGAUUGGGACUCCCGAGUAAAAAUUUCCCUGGGAACUGCCAGAGGAAUUGCUCACAUCCAUUCUGUUGGUGGUCCCAAAUUCACCCUUGGAAACAUUAAGUCCUCAAAUGUCCUCCUCAGCCAAGAUAAUGAUGGCUGCAUUUCUGACUUUGGCCUGACCCCGCUUAUGAAUGUUCCUGCAACCCCUUCUAGAGUUGCAGGUUAUCGCGCUCCUGAGGUGAUUGAAACGCGCAAGCACUCUCAUAAAUCAGACGUGUACAGCUUUGGCGUCCUCCUUCUGGAAAUGCUUACCGGGAAGGCUCCUCUGCAAUCUCCAGGCCGCGAUGAUAUGGUUGAUCUCCCCAGGUGGGUUCAGUCUGUUGUUAGGGAGGAGUGGACAGCUGAGGUUUUCGAUGUGGAGCUAAUGAAAUACCAAAACAUUGAAGAAGAAAUGGUGCAAAUGUUGCAAAUUGCCAUGGCCUGUGUAGCGAAGAUGCCAGAUAUGAGACCGAGCAUGGAUGAAGUAGUGAGAAUGAUUGAAGAGAUCCGGCAAUCUGACUCAGAGAACCGACCAUCUUCAGAAGAGAAUAAAUCUAAAGACUCAAAUGUCCAAACUCCAUAGAUUAACCUCUGGCUUUUUGCUUAACCAUAAAGUGACAUAAAAUGGCAUAUAAGAAGAUUGCAUGCUUAGUGAAGGUUUCUCAAACUGUAUUCAAACCUUUCUGUCCAGUUGUUUAGUAUUUCUCCCAAACGGAGUUCCUUUAGUUAUUUCCUUCUAUAGGUAGGUUGCUUUGCAUGAAUUCUUAUGUAUUAACAUCAUGAUUUAAUUGAUGAUCUUCAUUUAAGCACAUUUGGUCCCCUGGAAACUUGAAUUGAUGUUGUGCUGUUUGUGUGGCAUCACCUUAUAAUGCUUUGACUGGGUCAUGCUGAUAAAAAAAAAAACUACCCGUGUUCAGUCUCUUGUUCCUUUGAUGA